AAAAAAAGUGCAUUCAUUCCAAAAAAAUACAUCUCCAAAAUGGUGUCAGACUUCAGAAAGAAGAAACUACAGCAUGUUUUUACCACGUUCUUUGAUACGAACAAGAGUGGCAAUAUAGAUAAGAAAGAUUUCGAAUUGGCCAUAGACAAUAUUGCUAAACUACGCAAGUUUACAUCUGGUGAUGCUAAAUAUAACGAAGUCAAGACGACAUUGCUGAAAAUCUGGGACGGUCUGCAAAGUCGUGCUGAUGCUGACAAAGAUGGAGAAGUAUCAUUCGAUGAAUGGGUUUCUAUGUGGGAUGAUUACGCGAAGAAUCCCACGGCGGCUUUAGACUGGCAAAAGGAUUACUGCAAGUUCAUCUUUCAGUUGGAAGACGCUAGUAACGACGGGUCUAUUGAUAGCGAGGAGUUUUCAUCUGUUUAUGCAUCAUUUGGUUUGAACAAAAGCGAUGCGGUUGCGGCUUUCCAGAAGAUGUCCAAGGGCAAGUCUAGUGUCUCCUUUGCGGAGUUCCAAGAGCUCUGGAAGGAAUAUUUUACUUCUGAAGACGCGAGCGCGCCUGGUAAUUUUAUCUUCGGUAAAACCAGUUUCUAAAUUUUUUGUAAUUUAUUCGAAGGCAUGUGAUUACGGUGAUGUGAUUUGAUGAUGUUCUGGGAAAGUCUGUGAUUUUGGUUGGUAAGAUAUAUAUUUAGUGUAAUUUAAUAAAUUCUUAAUAUUCAUAUA